CGCCCAUUAAAAAGCUUCCACCGCCCAAGGAAGGAAAGAAACAAACAAACACCAAACGGACAAAUCGUUAUAUCUUAUUAUUAUUAUUAUUAUUAUUAAAACGACUACUAAUAGAGAGAGAGAAAAAAAGAAAGUUCUGAUUUUGUUCCUUUUCUUGCUUGCAAAUCUCUUGAUCUCCAUUCUUCUUCUCAGAGAGACUCUCUCUCUCUCUCUCUCUCUCUCUCUCUCUCUCUCUCUCUCUCUCUCUGUGUGGUUCUUCUCGUGUUUUACAAUUUCAAGGAGUUUGUGGCCAGUUGUUGCCGAUGCUGAAUUGAGUAGAAUGGAACACAUAGUCUGAAUAAUAAAAGAGCAACAAAAAGAAGUUGUCCAUUAGAAUUGGAUGGGUAAUAAGCUGGGAAGGAGGAGACAAGUGGUUGAUGAGAGGUAUACAAAGCCACAAGGCCUCUAUGUUCACAAAGAUGUGGACCAUAAGAAGUUAAGAAAGCUCAUUCUUGAAUCCAAGCUCGCACCAUGUUAUCCUGGGGAUGAUGAUUUUUGCAAUGAUCACGAAGAAUGCCCCAUUUGCUUCUUGUAUUACCCAAGUCUCAACCGAUCACGAUGUUGCAUGAAGGGCAUUUGUACAGAGUGUUUUCUGCAGAUGAAAAUUCCUAAUUCAACUCGUCCUACUCAAUGUCCUUUUUGCAAAACCUCAAAUUAUGCUGUGGAGUAUCGAGGUGUGAAAUCAAAAGAGGAAAAGGGCAUGGAGCAAAUUGAAGAACAACGUGUUAUAGAAGCAAAAAUUAGGAUGCGGCAGCAGGAACUUCAGGAUGAAGAAGAGAGAAUGCAGAAAAGACUAGACUUAAGUUCUUCAAGUACCAGUGUUGCUCCAGGGCAGGUUGAAUAUGAUUCUGCUGCUGCUCAAUCUCUUAGGUCUUCUGUGGAAAGUGAGGAAGUUGUUCCUUCUCAACACUCGAUCAGACAUGCUCCACAUAAUAGACUGAACAGGGAUGAUGAAUUUGAUCUAGAUCUUGAAGACAUUAUGGUUAUGGAGGCUAUUUGGCUUUCAAUUCAGGAGAAUGGCAGACAGAAAAAUCCAGUUUAUAUCGAUGCUACUUCAUCUGAAAACUACGCUGUAGAAGGUCAUUAUGCAUCGCAAGCAAUGGCAACGGUGACUGGCUCAUCAUCCUCCCCUUCCGGGGGUCUUGCUAGUGCAAUAGCUGCCCUUGCCGAGCGUCAGCAGAUGGGUGGGGAAUCUUUUGCUCAUAAUAAUGGAAACAUUUCAGCAUGCAACAUGCUUCCAGGCAGUAGUAGCUUUUACAACAGGCCAGAUCAGGAUGCAGAGAAUUACCCCCCUGCACAGAGCUCCUGCAAUAUGUCAGCAGAUUGCCGAAUGGCCACUGCAAGAAAUGAUGGAGAAUGGGCUGCAGAUGAAGGAUCAGAUACUGCUGAAGGUGGGACUAGUUGCGGAAGCUCUGAUACAGCAGAAGAUGCUGGUGGAAUUUCUGUUUUAUUACCUCCGCCGCCACCGCCACCACUGCCGGCGGACGAAAUUGGGGAGCAAUUUCAGAGUAACUCUGGACCCAUUGUUCCUGAGAGUUUUGAGGAGCAGAUGAUGCUGGCCAUGGCUGUUUCUCUUGCUGAGGCUCAAGCUAUGACAGGUGGACCAGGAAGUGCGUGGCAAUAGUUUCGAAGUGCGUGGCAACUGUUUUCAAGAGCAGGUUACCAAUUCCAAACAAAUGAUGCCACUUAUGGCUUUUCAGCUAGCUGAGUAUUGAGCUAGGAUGAGCGCACAAUGUGCUACAUGCAAGUGGCUAAGAGAUCGAGGUAGUGAUUACUCUCUCCUUUGCACUCUCUAUCUCUCUAUAUACUUGUUGAAGGAAAAUGGAUUGUCUCAGUGGAUGAAAGGUUGUUUGCUUAUGACAUUCAUAUUGAGACAGAUUCUUUCUUUUCAUAGUUUUAUAUAAUUUUUUUAGAAUGUUCAGAACUCUUUAAGUUAGCAAAAUCAUUUUAUGAUGCUUUCUAUAGUAA